GUGACAUCAUGGCAGGUCCUGUAACAACAAGGAAACCCCUCUGCUGCUGUACAGUCUGCUGUGGAGGCUCCUACAAUCUAGAAUCUUCUACAGGUUUAUGAGAUAAUUCUCCAGACUGACCGAUCAACCAUGGAGAGAGACAGGAACAAGAUGGCCGACAGGAUAAUAAACCUCACCCUACAGAUACUCUUCCGGCUUACUGGAGAGGAUUACACAGUAGUGAAGAAGUCCUCUAGUGGGCGCUGUCGGGCCCCUGUGUGUGAAGGAUGGGGAAGAACCCUGAGCCCAAUCCCAGGGCCCCCACCUCACUCCCUGAUACAUGAGGAAAUGGAUGAACAGAAGAUCCUAGAACUGAUCAACAAGAUGAUGGAGCUGCUGACUGGAGAGGUUCCUAUAAGGUGUCAGGACGUGGCGGUCUAUUUCUCCAUGGAGGAGUGGGAGUAUGUAGAAGGACACAAGGAUCAGUACAAGGAUCAGGUCAUAAUGGAGGAUCAGCAGCCCCUCACAUCACCAGAUGGAGUCAUGGAUAGAAAUCCACCCGAGAGGUGUCCCCGUUCUCUGGAUUCCCAGGACUGUCCAGAGGGAAAUGUCCCAGAGAACCAUCAGGGGGGAGAUCUGACUAAUAAUAAAGUGGAGGAUGAAGAAGAGAGGAUGAUGGGCGAUCACCCGUGUAUGAGGGAAGUGAAGGAGGAAAUUCCAGGAAGUGUUACCCCAGAAAAUCCCAGUGAUAACACCUGGGGAGACUUCAUCUUUUCACCAAAUUCUAAAGUAGAAGAUGAAGAGAUUACACCGCACUCCUCAGGAGAUAACCUGUUUACGCACAAUGCUCAUCCCGGACUUUACGGUACAGAUCUAUUAUAUUAUAACCCCCCUAAUCAUGAGGAACCUUCUUCUUACCAACCACAGAUUGGUCCAACUAAGACAGAUCCAAAAAAUGUUAAAAGUUUUUAUUGUGAUGUGUGUGGAAGAGAUUUUACAAAAAGAUCCGCUCUUGUUCGGCACAAAAAGAGUCACACGGGAGAGAAGAUGUAUUCAUGUUCUGAAAGUGGGAAAUGUUUUACAAGUAAAAGACACGGGGGUCUGUACUGGGACCUAGUCAUGAUGGAGGAUCAGUACAAGGAUCAGGUCAUGAUGGAGGAUCAGUACAAGGAUCAGGUCAUGAUGGAGGAUCAGUACAAGGAUCAGGUCAUAAUGGAGGAUCAGCAGCCCCUCACUUCACCAGAUGGAGUCAUGGAUAGAAAUCCACCCGAGAGGUGUCCCCGUCCUCUGUAUUCCCAGGACUGUCCAGAGGGAAAUGUCCCAGAGAACCAUCAGGGAGGAGAUCUGACUAAUAUUAAAGUGGAGGAUGAAGAAGAGAGGAUAAUGGACCAUCACCCGUGUAUGAGGGAAGUGAAGGAGGAAAUUCCGGGAGGUGUUACCCCAGAAAAUUCCAGUAAGAUUGUCUGGGAAAACUUCAUGUUAUUUCCAAAUUUUAAAGUAGAAGAUGAAGAUGUUACACCACACUCCUCAGGAGAAAACAUGCUUUCCCUAAAUGCACAUCCAGGAGCCUACAGUACAGAUCUUUUAUAUUAUAACCCCCCUAAUCAUGAGGAACCUUCUUCUUACCAAUCACAGAUGUAUCCCACUAAGACAGAUCCCAAAAAUAGUCAAAGUUUUUAUAGUGAUGCAUUUGGAAGACUUUUUACAAAAAGACCAGCUUAUGUUAGAUACAGAAAAAGUCAAGCAGGAGAGAAACUGUAUUCAUGUGCCGAAUGUGGGAAAUGUUUUAAAAGUAAACUCAGUUUUGUUAAACAUGAAAGAACUCACACAAGAGAGAACCCGUUUUCAUGUUUAGAAUGUGGCAAAUGUUUUACAAGUAAAUCAGAUUUUGUUAUGCAUGAAAGAAUUCACAGAGGAGAGAAGCCAUAUUCGUGUUCGGAAUGUGGGAAGUGUUUUCACACGAAAGCAUAUCUUGUUUUACAUGAGAAACGUCACAGAGGGGAGAAUUCAUAUACAUGUUCAGAAUGCGGGAAACAUUUUACAAGUAAGUCAGAUGUUAUUAAACAUGAGAGAAUUCACACUGGAGAGAAGCCAUAUUCAUGUUCAGAAUGUGGGAAAUGCUUUGCACAAAAAUCAUAUGUUGUAAUACAUGCAAGAAUUCACAGAGGCGAGAAGCCAUAUUCAUGUACAGAAUGUGGAAAAGGCUUUGCACACAAAUCAAAUCUUAUUAAACAUGUGAGAGGUCACACAGGAGAGAAGCCAUAUGCAUGUUCAGAAUGCGAAAAACGCUUUCAACGUAAAUCACAUCUUGUGUCACAUGAAAGGAUUCACACAGGAGUGAAACCAUUUUCGUGUUCAAAAUGUGCGAAGUGUUUUACAAGUAGAUCCACUCUUGUUAAACAUGAGAGAAUUCACACAGGAGAAAAGCCAUAUUCAUGUUCAGAAUGUGGAAAAUGUUUAACAAGUAAAGCCACUCUGGCAAAGCAUGAGAGAAUUCACACAGGGGAGAAUCCAUUUUCGUGUUCAGAAUGUGGAAAAUGUUUGUCAAGUAAAUCCAAUCUUAUUAAACACGAGAGAAUUCACACAGGAGAGAAGCCAUUUUCAUGUUCAGAAUGUGGAAAAUGUUUAACAAGUAAAGCUAAUCUUAUUAAACACGAGAGAAUUCACACAGGAGAGAAACCCUACUCAUGUGCAGAAUGUGGGAAACGUUUAACAAGUAAAGCCAAUCUUAUUAAACAUCAGAAAAUUCACACAGGAACGAAACCAUUUUCGUGUCCAGAAUGUGGAAAGAGCUUCAAACGUAAAUCACAUCUUGUGUCGCAUAAGAGAAGUCACACAGUAGCGAAACCGUAUUCAUGCCCUGAAUGUGGGAAAUGUUUUAUAAAUCAAUCACAACUUUCUGAACAUGAGAAAAUUCACACAGAAGACAGAUAGGGAAAAUAAUGAAUCAUAAAAAUAUAAUAUGCUAAACGGAAAUAGGAGAAUUCAGGUAACGUAGUGUAAAUUUGAUGUUUCUAGGUUCUGUUUGGAUGAAUUAUUAACCACAGAAUAAAUGAGUAAGUAAUAUGUAAUGUUAUGUAUAAUUUAGUACUGACUUAGUUCUACACUACAGUAUGAUUGGAUGAUUUAUAUGUAUUAUGUAUCACAUAAAAAUGAUCAAUGUAUUACCUUGUAAAUAUAUGAUAAAUAUUAGUGAUUGUAUCUCAUGUCAGAUCUGUCCUAUCAAGAUUAGUGUUUUGUAAUGUUACAAAUAAAUCUUAGGCUGGG